UAUUACAUUUCAUAGAACAAAAAAAAAAACCAACAGAUUCUACUAUUCAAUUUAGGAACAUAGAUCAAUAGUGUUCAUUCAUUCUCCAAUGGCCCUCGCCGUUACUUCUUCUUCAGCAGCAGCAGCAGCAGCUGCGGCAAAAUCAACUUCCUUCUUCUCACGCAUCGGAUCUUCCUCCGAUACCAAAGUUUCUCAAAUUGGUUCGUUAAGGAUUUUGGAGAAAACUCAUGGUUCGAAUGGUGCUUUGAAUUUACCUCAAAGACGAUAUUUGGUGAGGCCUCUUAACGCUAAAUCUAAAAGGAAUGAUUCAAUUGUUCCUCUUGCAGCAACUAUCGUUGCUCCUGAGGUUACUGAGAAAGAAGAGGAAGAUUUUGAACAAUUAGCGAAAAACCUUGAAAAUGCUUCGCCUCUUGAAAUAAUGGACAAGGCACUUGAGAAAUUCGGCAGCGAUAUUGCUAUUGCUUUCAGUGGUGCUGAAGAUGUUGCUUUAAUUGAGUACGCACAUUUGACGGGUCGGCCAUACAGGGUGUUCAGUCUGGACACAGGGAGACUGAAUCCAGAAACAUACAGAUUGUUUGAUGCAGUUGAGAAACGCUACGGAAUUCGCAUCGAAUACAUGUUCCCUGAUGCAGUUGAGGUUCAGGGAUUAGUAAGAACAAAGGGGCUCUUCUCAUUUUACGAGGAUGGGCAUCAAGAGUGCUGCCGCAUUAGGAAGGUGAGACCCUUAAGGAGAGCUCUAAAGGGUCUCAGAGCAUGGAUAACUGGUCAAAGAAAAGACCAGUCACCUGGAACUAGGUCUGAAAUACCUGUUGUUCAGGUUGAUCCAGUUUUUGAGGGACUUGAUGGUGGUGCUGGUAGUCUUGUAAAGUGGAACCCCGUUGCAAAUGUGAAUGGCAAUGAUGUAUGGAACUUCCUUAGGACAAUGGAUGUGCCUGUUAAUUCUUUGCAUUCUCAAGGAUAUGUUUCCAUUGGUUGUGAGCCAUGCACAAGGCCAGUUUUACCUGGACAGCAUGAAAGAGAGGGAAGAUGGUGGUGGGAGGAUGCCAAAGCAAAGGAGUGUGGUCUUCACAAAGGAAAUUUGAAACAGGAAGAUGGUGCCCAGACGAAUGGUAAUGGAAACGAUGCCCAAGCAAAUGGCUCUGCCGCAGUUGCUGACAUUUUCAACACCCAGAAUGUGGUCAGCUUGAGCAGGGCUGGAAUUGAGAAUCUGGCUAAAUUGGAGGACCGAAAAGAGCCUUGGCUCGUUGUGCUAUAUGCGCCAUGGUGCCGCUUUUGCCAGGCUAUGGAGGAAUCAUAUGUGGAUUUGGCAGAGAAUUUAGCAGGAUCAGGAGUGAAGGUUGGAAAAUUUAGAGCUGAUGGUGAUGAAAAAGAAUAUGCAAAGAGUGAACUGGGGCUUGGUAGCUUCCCCACAAUACUCUUCUUCCCCAAACACUCUUCACGGCCAAUUAAGUAUCCUUCGGAAAAGAGAGACGUUGAUUCAUUAUUGGCAUUUGUGAAUGCCUUAAGGUGAUGAUCAAUUGAGCGAGUAUUUUGCACGAGGCUCCGUCACACGAUACCUGGAAUAAGUUUAUUCACAGAUUUUGGCAGUUCACUGAAGUGGGAAUGGCAGUUUUGACAGCAAAACGAAAAUUCUCAGCUUGUAUCUCUGUAUAGGUUUAGAUGAUCUUCCGCAGAAGUAAUUGUAGUAGUCACUGAGGUGGAUUUGAUUUACUGUUUUUCUAGACGAGUAGACUUAUGUUUGAACUAUCUUGUUUCUCUCAAUAAUAUAAGAUCUUGUUUUUUGGAUUCA